GGAAGUGAAUUUGUUACACUUUUUGAAGGGAGAUAACUUUAAGGGGAGAAAUCGCAUAGAUACCACGAAAACUUUUAAUCCUGGGGAAAAAAUAAAUCCAACUUUAUUCCCGAAUUGAAUUUCUGAUGGAUUGAUGUCUCACACAGAUACGAUAAUGAUGGAUGUUGACCACAAUCUAAGUUCUGCUUUAGUCAAAAUAGCUGAAAACCUUCGAGAGAGGGAUGUAAGUUAUUUGAAGUUCCUGUGCCAUGAUAUCUUACCAGCAGGAGAAAUAGAAAAGCAUAAUGGCUUAAAUAUAAUCGAUGCACUUUCAAACUACCAUAUUAUCACUUCAAAUGACUACAAAUUUUUAUUAAAAUGUCUCAAGAAAAUUCAUAGGAUUGAUUUAUUGAAAAUAUUGAAUUCUGGUUCGUCUAACAUUGAUGAUUUUGAACCAAAUGAAUUAAAUCCUUUUAGAUCAUUACUCUUUGAUUUGGCAUUGGAUCUGAGAUCAGAGGAUGUUAAAAAACUGAGGUUUUUUUACCGGAGUCACAUAAAAGAAAAUAAUAUUGAUGCUUUGUCAAUCUUUACUAUCUUGCUGGAUGCUGAUGUUAUAAAUGAAAGGUCUUUUGGCUCUCUUGUGAAUACUUUGUCUUCAAUUAACAGAAAAGAUUUAGCAAGUAAAUUAGAAGAAUACUGUCGACCUCCAGUUGAACAGAGAAGAGGGCCCAUUCCAGAAAGUUGUGGGAGAGAAGGCCCAAGAAGAUGCUCGCCUUCCGAAGAAUCUUCAUGCCGUGAAUACAGAAUGGGAAUACUGGAGACCCAAAUAUCUGCAACACCUUCAAACAGAAUGGGAAUACUGGAGACCCAAAUAUCUGCAACACCUUCAAGCCCAGAGGUAUCAGUGAAGGCGCAACCACUAAUUGAAAGCCCCAAGAUACAACCGGAGUCACAACAAUCUUUAAGUUCUGAAAUAACGGUAUACAAUGCACAUCCCACUUUUAUUAACAAGUCCAAACGGAGGAGUGUUGACUGUUAUAGAAUGGAAUCUGUGCCAAGAGGGUAUUGUGUCAUAAUAAACAACAUUGAAUUUGCUGGUGGGUCACAGAGACUAGGUGCUAAAGUGGAUGAAGAUGAACUUCAGAAAUUAUUUGAAAAAUUUCAAUUCACUGUAAAAAUACAUAAAAAUUUAAGCAGCAAUGAAAUGAAAGAAUGUUUAAAAAAAUAUAGGAAUGAAAACCACAAGCUGUAUGAUUGUUUUGCCUGCUUCAUCCUAUCACAUGGAGCAAAAGAUGAAGUAUUUGGAAGCGACUCUAAACCUGUGGUGAUUAAUGACUUGAUAGAGCUCUUUAAUACAGACAAAUGCCCGUCUCUUGAAAAUAAGCCGAAAUUAUUUUUUAUCCAAGCAUGUCAAAACGAAAAUGAUCAGAAAGAUUGUUCUUUUGAUGCUAUGGGUCCCUCUGUACAUUAUCAAAAUCCUGUGUUAAAAGCAGAUGUUUCUGUCUUCAUGUCUACCAUAGCUGGUUAUUAUUCAUAUCGGUGUCCACAGAAUGGAUGCAGAUUUAUCAAACAUAUUACUGAAGAAUUUUCAACUAAUGCUGAAGAAAAGCAUCUUCUAGAAAUGAUUACAAGUGUCAUAAAUUCCGUGUCAGAUGAAGGUUAGGAGAUAAACAGCUGCCUACCCACAGACAUCAGCUUCGGAAAAUGUUACGUUUCCUCAGCCAUCCUCAAAUGGAUUUGGUAUGUAUGAUAUAACAAUUUUUACAUGGUGUCUUAAAGUAUAUAUAUAUAUACAAUAUAUACGCUAACAUAUAUUCAAUGAUAUAUUAAUGAAAUUAAUAUUCACAAAACCUCAAUGAUGAAGGAACUAUCUAGAAGCACAGUUCUAGAUUAUUUUUAUAUUUUCUUUAAUCUUUUUACUUGAUUUAAUCAGCAGACUUCAAUUACCAUAUUCUCCAACAUAGAAGUUGAAAUUUUGGGACCAGAAUUUACUGCCAUAAAACAAAUGUAGGGGGAGCUGGCAGAAACGUUAGCACACUGAGCAAAAUAAAAAAUGCUUAGUGGUAUUUCGUCUGUCUUUACGUUCUAAGUUCAAAUUCCCCCAAGGUUGACUUUGCCUUUCAUCCUUUCGGGGUCGAUAAAUUAAGUACCAGUUGCAUACUGGGUCGAUCUAAUCGACUGGCCCCCUCCCCAAAAAUUUCGUGCCUUGUGCCUAGAGUAGAAAAAAGAAAAAAACCUAAAAAAACAAAUGUUUGGUCAACUUAUACACUAAGAUAAAUUUGGAGAACGACGCAUUUCAUGUGAAAUGCUGCAGAAUUUGGAAAGAUAGUGAUGAUGUCUGAAUGUUUACACUAUAUACUAUGUGAACUUGUAUGCUGGAAAAUAUGGUAUGUUGUAGUAUAGCUUUCAGAUGUUUCAGUUGAUUUUAUCCAUGUAUUUUGUCUAGUUCUUAUGUUAUAAAUACACAGACAUUUCAGAAGUAAAUAGACACCUCAUUAUACUGUCUUACCCAUGUGGACACUAUUCUUUGGUAUGAUGCCUAUACAUUUUAAAUCAUUGAAACCUGUACAAAGUGUGACUACUAAAUACUUGAUUAUGUACUUAAAUGGAUCAAAUAACAUUAUUUUGUUUCUAGAAAUAAAUCUUUCAAAAACUAUUGUG